AUGAAGUAUUUAAAAGUAUUAAUUUUUGUAACAUUUUUCUUCUUUGUUUUUAACCAAGAAAUAAAUGCUUUAAAAGAAAGAAAGGAGAAAAAUAUAUUACCAAAUUACGAUGAUCUGUUUAUAAGUGACAGUAAUUAUAGUACAAUUUUAUCGGAGUUUUUUGAAGACAUUAAUGAUUUGAAUAAAUCUCUUUUACGUAUGAUUAAAAUUACACAGAGUAAAUUUAAAAAAAUUGAAAAAUCAAAAAGUAGACUUCGGGAUAAAUGUUAUUUAUUAGCAUAUGCAUUAGGUUUACACAUUAUAAAAAUUGGUACACCCAUAACAAUGAAAUAUGCAUUUCAACAAAUGAAGAUGUAUUUUAGGAAAGUGGGUAGAGCAAAGGAUAAGAAUUUACAAUACAUUAAAUUAUUGUUUAGUCCUUAG